GCACCGCGUUGUGAUGCGCCGGGCAAAGCUGACACUGACUGAUUCGGUGGACGUGUGGCGCCUCCGAGGCCCAAAUCAGGCGGGUCCUGGCGUGACCAGCAUGCGACAGGAGGCGGCGGAGCGUGCGCGGCCGGCGCGGCCCGUCUCGCUCUCCUCAGCUUCCUCCUCCGACUCCGGCGUGCGCGCCGACCUGAGCGACGCGUCGAGCACCGCGCGCCGCCGCCGCCUGCGCGCCGCGCUGGGCGACUCAGGCUGCCCGGGCCAGGAGCCGGCCUGGGAGGACGACGACUGGGACUCGGCCAGCGACGCGUCCGGCGAGUAUGAGCCGCUGCGCGCGCCCACCGGCAGCCAGACGCUGCCGCCGGCGCCACCACCGCCGCCGCCACGUUCGGUGCCCGGCGGCCGGCGCAAGGACCUGGCGCGCCACUUGGGCUUACCGCACACGCUGGGCGGCAGCCUGGCUGAGCUACGCGCCGCAGCCACCGCGCACCGCAAGGACCUGGCGCUCUUCCUGGGGCUUGAGGAGCCAGCCACACCGCGUGUACGCAUCUGGCGACGCUGGACCAGCCGACGCCCGCGCGAGCGCCAGCGCACCGUCAACGCGUCGCUGCCCGACCUGGCACGGCUAGGGGAGCGGCGGCGGCAGCGGCGCGUGCACACCACCUGCGCCGGUCACGCCCACCGGCCAGCGCGCCACCGGCUCGCCGCGGCCGCUUCGAGCCGCCAUUCGCCGCGUGCAGGAACGCGCGCGGCGAGCGGUGACGCGGCCGGCGCGUGGCGGCGAGGUGGCCGGCCUGGACGAAGACGCCCCCCGGCUGGUGUUCCAGGCGAAGCGGGGUAGCUUCGAGGCGCCGUCCAUCUUGUUCUCGGGCGAGCGCUGGCCAGCGGAAGCCCCAGAGCGCGUCUCCUGCGCCUUCUCAGCGCCGGCCAGCGCUCCCGCCGGCAGCACGGCACCUGCGAAACCGCGGCUCCCGACCCCGCCGCCGGCGCCCUCUCCGCCGCCAGUCGAGGAGCCGGAGCCGACAGUCGACAGCCAGGCCGCCGACGAGUCGGCGGAGGAGCCGGGCUACAUGACCAUGGCGGCGAUCCGAGCCGUGAUACAGGCGCCACCGCCGCUGCCGCCGCCGCCGCCGCCGUCGUCCGCCGGCGCCGAGUCCGGCUACCUGGAGAUGGGCGCCAUUCGGCGGCUGAUGCGGGACCAGCGGGCCAAGACGGCGGCGGCGGCUGCGGCGCGGCCGCGCCUUGCCUCCGACGACUACAUGAACCUGGCCGACCUGCGGCACGCGCUGCAGGGCUUGCGGCGGCCAACCGCCACGGCCAUCCCGGAACUCGAGUGAGGCCGCCGCGCUGUGAUACCCGCCGGAGACGCGAGCUUCUGUUCAAAGAAGAGCCGGAAGCCGCCGGCCACCGUCGUGAUAGCGGACGGCAUGGGCCGGCGGGCGCCCACCGGGCUGAGUCGGGGUGCGGC